AUGAAAGUUCAAUUGUCCCAAUCGCAAAUCCUGCUCGAGGCCAGAGCUCUUGAAGAGCAGCAAGAGGAAAUCUUUGCUCAGUUAGAAACAAACCGGCGUCGGAGGCGCAGGCGAUCCGAAGUCAAUCUGCCCAAUCCCCUUCGAGGGCCACAAGGAACUGAUGAGAACGUCCUACUUCCUGGCCAUGCACACCCCGCGCACGUCAAGUCAGCGGAUAUUCACUCGGAUCUACAAAGCAACGUAUCAUUGCGCGGAAACCAGACGUUCUUUGAAGACAUAAACGAAGAUCCUUCAAAGGGUGAGGCCAAGCAAACGAAACUCGCUCCCCCAAAACAGCAAGGCAACAAUGAACAAUCCGACAGCAAACUCAACUCCUUGGAGGUGGAUAUAUCUCGGGCGCAUUUGAUAGGCCAUGAAAUCCACGGGCAACAUCCACCCAAGUCGUUGGUUACUUCGAAUGAGCCUGCUGCAAGCGAUCUUUCAUCUCAACCAGGCCCGAAUAACAGUAGCCAGCCCUCCGGUGACACGGGCUGUAGAGCCAAGAAGAGGAGGGAGCAGCAGCAAGCGCGUGCCAACUUCCGGGCCUAUGAGUCCAAUCAAACCGCUGUGAUUGCUUCCGAGUCUGGCCAAGGGAACCACCUGGGUAGCUCUUCUUCGAUCGCGGCUAAUUCGACUCAUCUUGCGCCCUCAGUGCCUCAUUUUACUCAUGAAGAGAGGCAGGAGGGGUUGAGCAAGGCAGCCUGGGCGGGCAUAUCUUUGGCGAUCAUCUUCCUGGCGAGCAUCGCCAUCUCGAUCGCGAUCAUCCGUCGUCGAAGACGACAACGAAAGAGGAAGCUCAGCGCAAUGUUCGAUAAAGGCACCGCCGGUGGCCCCUCCGCUCUUUCUUUCUCCGUCCCCUCCGCCCCUGACCUUCACCAUGAUCACCGAGAUAUCUCGCAUAAGGAGAUCGACGAGCUCAUGAAUCGAGUCGCCUCCGUACAAGCUCCACCACCCGCCCGUCGGUCCAAGAAAUUUUAG